GGGUGUGUUCGAACGUAGUCGUUGAAGUAUUCAUAGUAGUAGCUACCACACCCGUUGUUGGCUGUGGUUGUUUUCUCUUCUUCUCCUUUCAUUUUAAUUCCUUUCUCUACUUCUACCACUCUCAACAGAUGGCAUUGAAAUUCGGAGGAAUCCUCGGGUUCGACAAUGGCAUUGUGUUGGCACCCAUGGGCCCAGAUGUGGCCGGGCCAAAGCUCGUCGCAGCUGUAGCCAAUGCAGGAGGCAUUGGCCUACUGGCUAGUCCCUCCAAUAACUAUGAUAUGACACAGAAGGCCAUAACUGAGACGAAGAGGCUGACUAGUAAGCCGUUUGGGGCAGGCAUUCUUCUGGAGUUUGAAAAUACAAGGACCGUCCAAGCUAUCUUUGAUGAGAAGCUUGCAUGUCUGCAAGUCUAUUGGGGUGACUAUCCAAAGGAGAUGGUUGAUGAGGCCCACAAGAAUGGAGUGAAAGUCUUGCACCAAAUUGGAUCAAUUAAGGAAGCCGAAAAGGCGAUUGCUGCUGGGGUUGAUUGCAUCAUUGCACAGGGAGUGGAAGCAGGAGGACACAUCAUUGGGACAAUUGGUCUCAUCGCACUGCUUCCAAGAGUCGUUGAUGUCGUUGGGGACAAGGACAUUGCAGUCGUGGCCGCAGGCUCAAUCACAGACCCAAGAUGCUAUGUUGCUGCCCUAGCAUUGGGUGCCAAGGGUGUGUGCCUGGGAACAAGGUUUAUAGCUUCAAAGGAAGCUUAUGCUCAUGAUUAUUACAAGGAGCAGCUGCUCCAUUACACGGAGGCGGACACUGAUCGCACCGAUCUAUACAGCCGAGCUUCAUGGAGGGCACCCGUCCGUUGCCUCAACACUCCCUUCCAUAACCAGUGGAAAAAUGCACCUGAAUCAGCUGAAAACAAUGACGAGCAGCCGAUUAUCGGUUAUUCAGUCAUCUAUGGCGGAGAAACCGUUCUUCGGCGGUUCGCCGGACAAGUCCCCAAUCCAACAACUUCAGGCGAGCUCGAAAACAUGGUGUAUUAUGCAGGGCAAGGUGUGGGGCUCGUCAGGGAUAUUCUCCCAGCUGCUGAAAUUGUCCAGAACUUUGUGGAUGGAGCGAAGAAGAUAAUCAAAGAAUUUAAUGAAAAAUACAAUCCACCUGAGUCUGUGCCAGCUGUGCCUCUUACCUCAAGCUAGUGAUGGAAAAUGUGCUAGGGUUUACAUUGUGGUCCAUGUUGAAAUCGUAGGGUUUGCUUUUAGAUCUUGUCUUGAAUGUGGUAUGUGAUUUAUAGGGUGCCAUGAUCCAAUGUAUUGCAUUUGCAUUGCAUGUACUAGAAUAAGCGUGCAAUUUCCAAAAACUCCUUUGGAGAUUCAGCAAACUUUUCAUUUGCAUUCUACGCAUGAGUCUGUCCUAAGUUAAUUAAAAUAAAAGAUUAAGUAAUUACUCUUUCUAUAGUUUUUUUUUA